AUGGCAGCGUGGAGGCCCCCGGGAGGGCACCUUCCUCUGUGCAGCGCCUUUCCCUGGAAGAACAUAGCUCUCCUGCUGCUCUUCUUGUUCUCUUUGGAACAGACUUCUGCAUCGCUGGCCAAGAAAGUCAAACAGAAACCAGGAACAUGCCCCAAAGAAAGGGUCCUCUGUAGGGCUGCUGUUCCAGACCUGUGCAGAAAAGAUUCCGAUUGCCAAGAAUACUUCAAGUGCUGCUUUUUCAAUUGUAGGAAGAGGUGCAUGGAUCCGUCCCAAGAACCCUGUAUGCUACCCAGAGACUCAGGAAACUGUGACAGUAAGGAAUUGCGCUGGUAUUUUGACAUUGAGACUCGGUCAUGCAAGUUCUUUACAUAUGGGGGCUGCAACGGGAAUGCCAACAACUUCUUCAGUCUGGAAGACUGUGAGAAGGCUUGCAAGUUGACGGUCAAGGACGGCCAGUGCCCACUCUUCCCUCUGAAGGAUCGCAUGGUGUGUGCCUCUUCCUGUAGAAGUGACAUCGAGUGCCCCAAAGAUGAAAAGUGCUGUGAAUCCAUGUGUGGCUUUACUUGUGCCGGGUCCUGGAUAGUCAAAGAUGGUCACUGCCCGCUGAUGCCCAUGGAUUGUUUCAAGAUUAAUAAACCCACGUGUCUGAAGGAUAAUGAUUGUCCAUUGGCAGAGAAGUGCUGUUCGCGCUGCGGGCUGAAGUGCACUGACCCACAUGAGAAAGAGUCUAUGGGGGCGCUAGAAGCUGCACUUGAGGUGCAGAAGCUGAUGGGGAGGCUGAGCCGAGGGGGCCUCUGCACCUCGGACAGCCGGGUGUGA